CGGCCCGAGCGGGAGCGCCCUGAGGGCGCCCGGAACCGGACGGGGCUUUCCCUCGCGGGGUGGUGGCGGGAGAGCGGCGAGGCUGCUUGUGUGCCUUCUGAACCUCAUAUAUAUCUCACGUACCUUAUAUAUAUAUAUAUAAUCUAUAUCUCAUAUAUCUUGCGUAUCUCGUGUAUCUUUGGAUUUCGGGAACAAGGCGUGCUGUCCACACCGAUCACUGCUAAUGUUACCAGUGCCAUCACCGCGGCUGUUUCUGUGCUAGGCUCGAUCUUAACUAAAAGCCCAAAAUGUUCCAAACUCUGAUUGGGAAAAGAAGGUAACCGAAUACUUCAAGGAAAAAUUAAAAGAAAAUAAUGCCACUAAUUGGGUUCCAUCACUGAAUGAUGUUCCUGUACAUUACCUAAAACCCAACAGUCUAGUGAAAUUUCGCUGCAUGGUUCAAGACAUGUUUGAUCCUGAGUUUUACAUGGGAGUGUAUGAAACAGUUGACCCAAACACAAAUGCACGUGUUUUGCAUUUUGGCAAAUACAGAGAUGUGGCAGAAUGUGGGCCUCAGCAGGAGAUUGAUUUGAACUCCUCACAAACAGUCACCUCAGAGAGACAGACUCUCUACUGUGUUCCAGUGCCUGGGGAAUCUGCAUGGGUGAAAGAAGCCUAUAUCAGUGCCAGCCAAGCCCGAGUUAGCCCUUCGACUUCCUACACCCCGAGUCGCCACAAGAGGAGCUAUGAGGAAGAUGAGGACAUGGAUCUGCAUCCAGCCAAACAGAAGGAGCAGCAUAUGGGCAGUGGAGCUGAUAUCCAUGGAUGUGUGGAGCCAAAGAGAUUAGAAACAGAAGCUCCUGCAGGUCAUCAUCUCAUUUCUCCCAACUGCUCCCCUCCACUUGACCUAAAUUUUCCAUUGCCAGGAGAGAAGGGACCAGCAUGUCUUGUCAAGGUCUAUGAGAGCUGGGAGAGCUUCAAAGUCAAUGAUGUGCUGGAGGUUUAUGGUGUUUUGUCUGUGGAUCCAGUGCUGAGCUUAGUAAACAGUGAGGAGAGGGACAGCUCAGCCCUUGAUCCUAUGGAGUGUAUGGACACAGCAGAGGAACAGAGAGUGCACAGCCCUCCUGCCUCAUUAGUGCCCAGAAUCCAUGUGAUUUUGGCCCAGAAGUUGCAACACAUUAACCCACUGCUGCCUGCCUGCCUUAAGGAAGAGGAGAGUAAAACCUUUGUUUCUAAUUUUAUGUCUGAGCUGUCACCAGUGAGAGCAGAGUUGCUGGGGUUCCUCACCCAUGCCCUCUUGGGAGACAGUUUGGCUGCUGAAUACCUUAUACUGCAUCUCAUCUCUACAGUCUGGUAUCACAAAAAGGUUGAGAGUUGUCGAGAAUGGGGAGAAGAUGCACAGGAGAAGAGGGAGAGGAAAGCUGAGGGCAGUUAUGCAAGACGAGAUGUGCUUCCUCUGGGAAAAUUCACGGUCAACUUGAGCGGAUGUCCCAGGAACAGCAUCUUCACCGAGCACAUCUACCGCAUCAUCCAGCAGCUGGUGCCAGCAUCCCACCGGCUGCAGAUGACCAUCGAGAACAUGAACCACUCGCGCUUCAUCCCGCACAAGGACUACGCCGCCAACCGCCUGGUCACUGGGGUGCUGCAGCUGGCCAGCAACACCUCCCUGGUGGUGGAUGAGACUCAGCUGGAGCAAGGGCAGCUCGACACAACAGGUGUCCAUAAUGUGACAGCGCUGGGCAAUCUGAUCACCUGGCAGAAGGUGGAUUAUGACUUCAAUUACCACCGGAUGGAAUUCCCCUGCAACAUUAAUGUGCUGAUCACCUCGGAGGGCAGAUCCCUCCUGCCGUCAGAUUGCCAAGUCCACCUCCAACCCCAGAUAAUCCCCCCAAACAUGGAGGAGUACAUGAGCAGCCUCCUGACAGCAGUGCUCCCAUCUGUGCUCAACAAAUUCCGAAUUUACCUGAGUUUGCUGAGGCUGCUGGACUACAGUAUAUCUGACGAAGUGACCAAGGCAGUGGAAGAGGACUUUGUAGAGAUGCGCAAGAACGACCCCGAGAGCAUCACAGCUGAUGACCUGCACAAGACACUGCUCGUGGCAAGGUUCCUGUCGCUCAGCGCGGGGCAGACGACGCUGUCGAGGGAGAGGUGGCUGAGAGCAAAACAACUGGAGGCACAACGCAAAGCCAGGCUGCAGCAGCAGAAAUGUGUCAAUGGCAACGAACUUUAACACCCUGAAAAUUUGUCUAAUCCCUAGAUGGAACCCCUACUAAGAUUGGAAUAUUGUUUAUACCAGUUUUUGUAGAUAAUUUAUACCAAAAAGUUAUGGAUAUUUACCCUCGCAGCCUGAACACGCUUAACUCUGUUCGGCCACUUAAACAUAUUUUAUGGAAUUUUUUUGGAACCCUGUUUUGUAAUUGAAAAUUGGUAACAACGAGCAAAUUGUUUGAUAUUAAACUUUAAUACUGAAGUCGCA